CGGCCAACUGCCGAGCGGCAGCUGCUUAGCGCGGGGCGCUUGGGGCCAGUGGCGGAGGCGCGAGCGGCGCGGCUCAUGGCGAGCCCGGCUCUGAGCGGCUCCGUGGAGCGUCUGAAGCGGCGCUACCUGCGCGGGGGGGCGAGGCCCGCGGGGGAUUGUCUUUCAGGUUCAUUACAGACCAAAUGUAAAAAAGGAAACUCCCUAACAUAUACAGGUAACUUGGACAGUUCAUCAGAUAAUACAAUUAUGCCUUUGUCCAUGCAUUUUUCACAAUCAAGAAGUACCCACAAUGGAAGAAAGCACUAUAGCAAACCUCUUAGUGGCUUGUUCAAGAGUUUCAAAAACUUGGAUUGCUUUGAUGAUGAGCUGGAUUCGCUCUAUGAUUCAAGUCAGCUAGAACUAGAGGAAGAGGUCAUAAAUGUCUCUGCAACUGAUGCAGUUCCAAAUACAGUCACGUACAUAUAUACAGAAACAGAUGUCACCCUACCAUCCAAUUUGGCUGCAAACACAGUAACAUGUAGUGACCAUGAUAUCAGUAGUGGUCUGGUUAGGAAUAUGGUGAGCAAGCCUGAAACUCAGGUAUUGAGUGGUCAAAGAUUAAUACCAUCUCACAUCAACCAGAUUUAUGAUGAACUAUAUGUCAUACAUCAGAAACUGCAGCAAGAAAAUUCAGCACAGCAGGAGUAUGCUCUGCAACUUCAGAAACGAGAACAUUUUUUAGCUGAAAGAGAAGCAUUGCUUUUCAAACAUGAAGCUGCUUUGACUAAGAUAAGAGGUGUGGAAGAGGAAGUUCAUGCAAAAUUUCAAAUUAUAAAGGAGCAACACGAGGCAGAAGUUAAACAGCUGUCAGAAACCUUGAAAGAGAAGACUAAAGAAAGCAAGAGGCUCAAAUCAUCAUUUGACACCUUGAAGGAAAUGAAUGACUCUUUAAAAAAACAGUUAAGUGAUGUAAGUGAGCAGAACAAGAAGAUGGAAGUUCAAGCAAGAAAAGUACAAGCACGUUUAGAGAAUUUACAAAGGAAGCAUGAAUUUUUAACAAUACAGAAAUCUAAAGAUGUUUCUCAAGCAAUGCAAGAAAUUAAAUCUGUGAAGCAGGAAAAAAUGGCAGCAACAUCAAAAAUUUGUAAGGUACCACUUAAUUCACAUGUUUAUGAGCUUUUAACUGUUCUUAUGGACUGGAUCUCAGAUCAAUUCCUCAAAGUGAAAAUAGAGGAAGAAGGAAGAGACAAUCAAACAUUAACAUACACCCACAAAAAUUACAUACAAGAAAAGUGUGCAAAGCUUUUACCUAUCGUUGCUGAACAACUCCAGUGGAUGCCAUUUGUGAACCCUAAACUACAUAUGCCUGUAAUUAAAUUUAUUUACUGGGCUAUAAGGCAGCUAAACUGUGGGACACAGCAUUCAACUAUGACAUCAACAAUGAGGAGGCUUGGUGAAGACAUAUUCAAAGGCAUAGUAACUAAGGGAAACCAACAUGGCUCUUCUGAGCAACCUGCUGAAAGUAAACCAAAGAUAGCAGCUUUCUUUAAGAGUUCCAUUUUACCUUUGAGAUUUGUAUCAACUUUAAUUGUACUCAAAACAGUAACACAAGCUGAUUAUCUGGCUCAGGCAUUUGAUUCCCUUUGCGUGGACUUGAAGACAGAUGAAGGAAAGGCCUUGUUUUUGGAGUACCAAUCUAUGCCUGUUAUAUUAAGUCACUUAAGAAUAUCCAGUAGAGGUCUGCUUUCCAAUGCCAUUGAUGGUUUACUUCAGAUGACAAUGGAAUCUGGUUUUUUGCAGCCUUUCCUAGAAGCCUGCAGCAAUGAGUCCUUUUUCCGUACUUGUUCUGUGUUGCUUCGAAAUCCUAAACUCGAUCUACUGAUAGUGGAAAAACUCAGCAUUAUAUUGCAAAAACUCUCCAGAAUCAAAAGUAAUAAGAAGAUGUUUGAAUUGUUUACUAUUCAUCUAAUGAUCCAAGAGCUGCAGAGGACAACACAUCCAAAUCAUGCUUUUCUCUGUAUUAACCUCAAUUCAAUUCUUUUCAAUUUGGGCUUAACAAAGACCAACUCUCUUAUCUCCAGUCUAAGCACAAGUCACUAACGAACUGUAUUUUAUUAUGGUUUAUGUUCUGUAUAAUUUGUACAAACAAGAGUAUAUUUAUUUAUAAAAACUAGCAGACUAGCUAACAAGAACAUCAAUAGCUCAUUUAUAACUGCAUGGGUUAGAAUUUGUUAUGUUACCCUUCCUAAUCAGUGUAUUCAUUGAAAGAGAAGGUGGGAAAUUGCCCAAUCUUCAAGAGGCCUUCUUUGUUUUUAAAUUUACCUGAAAUAUACUACAGGGUUAGUGCUGUGCUGUUCUAGAAAACUGACCUGUUCAACACAACUGGCACCUGCUUGCUAGGCACACCACUAGUACCUACUUUCCUCACAAAGUUGUGAAAUAUGAGUUAACCUUAAAAAUAUUAAAAAUUUAAAAUCUUCAGUGUUUUACCAACAUUUAUUAUUGUUUUUUUGUUUGUACAGGUGGCACAUAACAUGGAAACAGUCUUUUUGCAAAUGUAUUUCAGGAAAAUGCUUGUUUUAAUGUACUGAAGUCAAAUUUUGAUGAAAUUGAACUUGGUGUAUAUUAGGUGUAUGUUGAAUGAGAAACUUUCUCUGGUCUGUGAUGUCCAGUAUUUACAGGAAUCGCUGUUCACUGUUUUCUCUUUACUUAAAUGUAUUUGCUGUACAUCGCUGUGCUUUAUUAACUCAUGAUAAUGGUUUUGUAUUUUUUUAUGGAUUUUGAUUGUAAUAUCUCUGAAAAUAUAAAGUAUUUCUUAAAAUUUUUGGAAUAAUAUUUACUUCAGUUAAAAGCCAUAAUCUUUUAAUAAAACAAAUCAAUUUUCUAUUUUAUUAAUUUCCAAAAGGGACGUAGUCCAGUCUCCUGCUUAUGAACACACUUUUCCAUACGUACUUUUCAAACACUAACAGCCAAUUAAUUUUGUCAUUGAUAUGAAUAGGUAUUGGUACUCAAAAAAAUGCAUAUGUACACAAAAUGAGUCACUUGACUCAACAAGUCUUUCAUUUCUAAUGUUUGUGUUUGAUUAUGCCAUUCUGUGAAACUACAAGAUAUAUUCUUUGCAACUCCGUGUAAUUAUGUAAUUGAAGCUGUGAUUAUAAUUUAAGAACCUGCUUUAUAAUAAAUCUGUGUUUGAUUAACUCUGAGGCCAGUCCAUGUGAAACUUCUUACAAGAUUAGU